AUGAGUUUGAAAUUUAAAUGGCUCUUUCUUGGAAUGCUGGUUAUCGUCCACCUUGAGUUCGAUAUAGCUAAAUCAAUAAUGGAAGAUGAGGAAGAAUUUAUAGCGUUGAAAAUUGAUUCUCCUUCUUCUCAUAUCGCUCUUUCGGGAGACCUUACAAUAUCUCUCGCAAAGUCCAAUCAGACAUUAGAAAAAACAAAGUACAAAUAUGCGUUCAAAGAUAAAAAUAAUGAAAGUGCUAAACUGCUGAAAAAUGUUUCUAAUGAAUAUUUAUUACUGAGAGUACUGUACCUUCUUGAAGACAUAUCAGAAUUAAUCGGUGAAAUUCAACUGGAAAGGUUGCCAUCAGAAAAUGAGACAAUUUCAAUUGUUAUUCCUUGCGGAUAUUUCACUCGUGGCGGUGUUUAUACUCUGCGAGUGGAGUAUAAAUAUGAAAAUUCAACAGUGCCUGUUGCCUCUCUUUAUCAGACAAGUAAAAUAUUGGAUGUAAAGUGGCCACUAUCAACGAUUUAUUUGGAAUCUCAACAAAUUACUUCUUAUCCGACUGAACCUGUUAGAGCCACAGUAAAAUACGACGGAGUAAAUUGCAGUCCCUCCGAAAACGUUCCUCUAGCUAUCUAUAUUUUACAAUUAAUAUAUUGUGGGUCUAAUCUAACUGCCUGUUAUCUACAAAAUAAUACUUAUAGCCAAGUAUUAUAUUAUGAAGAAAUAAGAGAUCUAUCAUCAAAGAAUAUUUCUUUCCAAUGUGAAUUUUUUGGAUUGCCUGGGAAUUAUGCUAUCAGAUUGAAAGGUUCAAAUACUAAUCCUACAGCACCAAACACUAGUGUGUAUUUCGAGGUGAAUUGGUCGGAAGAAUUCAAACUUACGGUUCAUGCAAGAUCGAUAUACCCUUGCGAAGGACCAGGGGGGGUAGCCGUCCUUUUCGAAUAUCCUUCGUGUCGAUUAGAAGGUGAUCGUGUUCGCGUUUACGGACGUUUAAAGGCUGACGUUACUUCCGCUGCUCCACCCUCCAGUCUUCAUUAUAUUACAGAAUCCAGAUCGAUACCUGGCAAACAUUCUAUAGCCUUUGAUUGUGAUCUUUUUACGGAAAAAUUUGUCGAAUACUGUUUUGUCUAUGUUAGUCAGACUAUCACAAGUGCUAUGGUGGAUGUUAAGAAUUCUUGCAUACCUACAUUUCCUUUUCAAGAAGGCGAUGCUGCGGGAUGGGGAUCUUGGAAUCCUUGGAGUCCAUGUAGCAACUCAUGUUUCGGAGGAAUUCGAAAUCGAUAUCGCUUUUGUGAUAGUCCUCCUCCAAAAUAUGGAGCAAAAUUUUGUCAAGGUAAAGCAAUAGAAACAGAAUUCUGUGGAAAAAUUUUCUGGGAGGAAUCUAAUAAGAACGAAUGGCAUAAUCGAAUUGAGAAUUCUGAGUGUCAUCGUACAGUUUUAGCUGCAACAAAACCGGAGAUCAAAGAUGAAAUUGAACUGAAAUGUCGAUGUGGUUGUCCUAUUGCAUUAAAAGAACAACCUUUUAGAAAAAUACUCGCAGCUAACACUCAAGCUUGUCCUGGUAAAUCUGUUUGGCUUUUACAGGCGCAGGCGAAUUUUGUAAUUCGAUUACAUUUAGAUCAAUUACACUUUCCUUGCCCAAAGCAAUAUUUUCGUGUUCGAGAUGGCGAUAAUUUAAAUGCGAACCUCUUAAUCGAUGUUGCUUUUGAUAAAAUACAACACACUGCAAAGACAAUAAUCAGCACUGGACAAAAUUUAUUACUCGAAUUUUGUAGUGAUGAACGUACAGCAUCAAGAAAUGUUUGUAUUGGUGGUUUUCUUGCUAAUUUCAUUUAACAUGAUUCAAUUGUAGAUAAGAAGUAUUUAAAAAGAAAUGGAACCGUAACCGUUGUGCCUUUUGAAACAAAUUCAACGAACGUUGACAAAGAAUGGAUCUUUUGGAAACCAGCACACUUAGCAACUGCCCUUAUUUUGAUACUCAUGUUCAUAGUUUCUAUUGUCUUGACGUUGCAAUUUGUUAUAAAGUACAGAAAAUAUCGUAUUGCCGAGGAUUUGGAUAGUUUAAGCGAUGUUUCCGAACUAAUGUCUGGCCGAUCGAGAUUUCUAUCUACAAGUACAAUUAUUUCUGAAGUCAUCUCAAUGAUAGAUACAACUACAAGACGUUCUCCAAAAGAAACUUUAAAUAAUACAGAAGAAUGCUGCAACAGCAUUGAAACUUUAACAGAAUACAAAGAUGAAUCUACACUGAGUUCUAGUACAUUAAAAUUAAAUAACACAAUGGAAACUUCUUCAGACAAAACAAUCACAUCAAUUAAAUCAAACUGUGAUAAAUUAUUAUCAGCUUCCAGCAUUCUUGUUUACAAUAAACCAGAAGUAAAAUAUGCUUAUCCUGUAAAAUUGCAAACAGUAGAUUAUGGUACUUUAGAGGAAAAUGCAUUAAAAAUAGAAAAUGAAAAAUUGGAAAAUAAUGAAAUUAGUUAUUCUGAAGGAAAGGAAUCUUCACCUGAAAGUGUUCUUUCAAGUUCAUCAACAUUAGGAAGUGGGAAAGAAACAAAAGAAAGAAGAAAUCGUGAAAAACUUUUACAAGGUCCAGGAUCAGAAUUUAGUCUCACAAAUCCUGAUUCAGAACUGGAAUUGGAUUACUAUGAUUAUAAUGUAGCAAAUGCUAGUGCUGUUCCAGGAUCUUACUUAGGAAUGGAUCCUGCUUUCCUAGUCUGGAUUCCACCAAUUGAAGACUUAAAACUUGAUACCGAAGACCUUCUCCUGGGAAGUAAAAGGAACUCUAUUUUGACUCUUGAAACUGAGGGUGCUGCACUAACUCCAUCUGAAUAUCGAAGAAUGAAACUUUCUAGCUUCGAAGAUUUUGGAUUUGAAUUAGAACAAGGAACAAGAACAUUUGAAAAAUUACUUCCUGUCCAAAAGCUUUUAGAAGAUUCUAGUAUCAAAGUAAGCAUGGAAUCUAUAUCUGGUAUUCUCGAACAUAAACAAUAUUGUGUUAUUCCAAGCAAGAGGAUUCGUAUAGGUAAGGAUGAAGAAUCAAGUGAAGAAUCUAAUUCUUCCAAAAGUCUUCUUGGAAGCCCUACAAAUAUGUUGGAUAAUGAUGAGAAUAAUAAAGAAAAAUUAUGUUCCACUUCAAAUAAAAUAUUACAAAAAGAUUUUUCAAAAUUAAAACACAAUUCUAAUCAAAAGAAGAUUUAUAAAAAUCAAGAUGAAAAUGUAACAAAUAUGUCUUGCAAGUAUAAAGAAUUAAUGGGAUGUACCCAGUCAUUUGGAAAUAUAAAAGAUGCUGUAAAUAUUCCCAUGACAGAAUUAUCAGGAAGUCCUUUAAAAAAAUUUGCUGAAGUUCGAAAAUUAAAUUGUAAAGACGUUAAUGCUUCUUUAAAUAUUCAGAAUCCAGAUUAUGGUAUAGAAGCAUUUUGCAUAAAACAGGGAUCUUUUUAUGAUCAAAAUAUUAAAUUCGUUGACGAUGACGAUGACGAAUAUAUCAAUUAG